AUGCUCCACAUUUAAAUAACAAAACCAAAAAUUUUCACUAUUACUAUUUUCUACUAUACCUAAUUGCUUAUUGAUAAAACCAACCAUGUCUGUAGAUCAAUUGGUAGCACACGUGUCAGAAUGCUCGAUCACUAAAUACGCCAUUUAUGGUGCAUUAUUAGUUGGAGUUUUCAAACUCACUUUUCUUGCUUUGAACACCUUAGCCCUCAUCUUUGACUUAUUCAUUUUACCACCUGUUGAUUUUAAAAAGUAUGGAGCCAAAAAAGGUAAUUGGGCAGUGGUUACAGGAGCUUCCGACGGAAUUGGGAAAGAAUAUGCUUUACAAUUAGCUGCUAAAGGUUUAAAUAUUGUAUUGAUAUCCAGAACUCAAAGUAAAUUAGAAUUGAUUGCUGCGGAUAUUACUUCAAAGUAUAAGGUUGAAGUUAAAAUAAUUGCAUUUGAUGCAUCUACUGAUGAUGUGUCUAAUUAUGAAGCUAUUUCUCAAGUUAUUGCUGAUUUACCAGUUACCGUAUUAGUUAAUAAUGUUGGUCAAUCUCAUUCAAUCCCUGUCCCUUUCUUAGAAACUGAAGAUAAAGAAUUAAGAGAUAUCAUUACUAUCAAUAAUACUGCUACUUUGAAGAUUACUCAAGUAGUUGCACCUAUUAUUGCAGCUACUGUUAGUAAAUCAAAUAAGAAAACUAGAGGAUUAAUCUUAACUAUGGGAUCCUUCGGAGGUUUAUUACCCACCCCAUAUUUAGCAACUUAUUCAGGAUCUAAGGCUUUCUUACAAGCAUGGUCAGCUGCAUUAGCAGGAGAAUUAAAACCACAAGGAAUUGAUGUUGAAUUAAUUGUAUCAUACUUGGUAACUUCAGCCAUGUCUAAAAUUAGAAAGACAUCAUUAGCUAUUCCAAAUCCUAAACAAUUUGUAAAAUCUACAUUAAGAGGUAUUGGACGUCGUAAUGGAGCUCAAGAAAGAUAUGCUACAAACACUCCAUAUUGGGCACAUGCUAUAAUGCAUUUUGCUAUUGAUCAAACUGUUGGAGUAUACUCCAAGAUUGCUAAUAAGCUCAAUUUUGAUAUGCACAAGAGCAUUAGAGUUAGAGCUCUUAAGAGAGCUGCUCGUUUAGCCUCUGAAAAGAAGGAAUAAACAAUGAAUGAAUAGUAUUAGUAUUGUUCUUAUUAUUAUUAUUAUUCUUAUUGUAUAGUACUAUUCUUAUAGGAGUUAUUAUAAUAACUAAUAGCAACUGUUGCUGUUAAUGUUAACUAUGGGGAGAGAGUAGGUCACGUGCAUAGAAAAUUCUAGAAGCGUCUCGAAAUUUUUCACCCACAAAUAUAAAGACAGUUCCAAGCACA